AUGGUUGCAUUUGGGAAAAAGUUGAAGGAAUUGCAGAUCCAAGAAUGGAAAGGAUAUUAUAUUGACUACAAGCUACUAAAGAAGAAAGUGAAGCAAUAUGCUCAACAAAACGAUGUUGUAGUCCAGGAUCGCGAUUAUGUUCUUCGUGAUUUCUCUCGAAUGCUUGAUGAACAGAUUGAGAAGAUAGUUCUGUUCUUAUUAAGAAGACAAGGUCAACUCGCAACCAGGCUAUCAGGUCUUGCUGACCAUGGUGAUGAGUCCCUUUCACAUGGCCCACAUCAUGACUCGAUUGUGGAACUAAGAGAAGGAUAUAGAGAAGUGGGAAGAGAUCUUUUGAGGCUCUUGUUCUUUGUUGAAAUGAAUGCUAUUGGUUUAAGAAAGAUUCUUAAAAAGUUUGAUAAGCGGUUUGGAUAUAAGUUCACUACUUACUAUGUCAAAACUCGAGCAAAUCAUCCUUAUUCUCAGCUACGACAAGUUUUUAAGCAUGUGGGCAUAUCAGCAGUUGUUGGAUCAAUAUCUCGGAAUCUUGCUGAUCUCAAAGAUGAUCACAGACACUAUGCAUCAUCAAUCUAUGACCACCCAACUCUUCACAUAUCGGACCCUAUCAUUGAAUCAAUCAAAGCAGCUGAGAGUCGACUAAUGAACUCAACAGAUUUCCUUCAGUAUUUGGGAAAACAUGCAUUUAUCAUGCAAGAUGAAUUGCCAUUGCCUUCAUCAGAAGAGAAGAAUACAAAUGAAGGAUAUCAUUUCAUGUCACUUGUUUUGAACUUGGUGAAUACAUUUUUGUAUAUGGUGAACACAUACAUCAUUGUGCCAACAGCAGAUGACUACUCUCUUAGCCUUGGAGCUGCAGCCACUGUUUGUGGUGUUGUGAUUGGAUCAAUGGCUGUUGCACAGGUCUUUUCUUCAGUUUAUUUCAGUGCAUGGUCUAAUAAAUCAUACAUCAAGCCUCUUAUUUUCAGCAGCAUUGUCCUUCUUAUGGGGAAUACUUUGUAUGCCCUGGCUUAUGAUCUUGACUCCAUAUAUGUUCUUCUUGUUGGACGCGUGUUUUGUGGAUUGGGAUCAGCAAGGGCUGUAAACAGGCGUUAUAUUAGCGAUUGUGUGCCUCCAAAGCUAAGAAUGAAAGCGUCUGCUGGUUUUGUGAGUGCUGGUGCACUCGGAAUGGCUUGUGGGCCCGCUCUUGCUUGUCUAUUUCAAAGGAAAUUCAAGAUCUUUAAACUCACCUUCAAUGAAGAUACUUUACCUGGAUGGUUCAUGGCAUUUGCAUGGUUCAUCUAUUUGCUUUGGCUAUGGUUGUCUUUCAGAGAGCCUCUACUUGAGAAAGAAGAGAUUAUCGUGCAACACAUAGCAUCUGAUACCAUUGUAGAAACCGGUGUCUUGGAGCCAUUAGUUUUGGGUUCAGAGAAAAAUCAACAAGAUGAAGAUGAGCAACAAGAAUGCGAUGAAUUAUCCAAGGAAAGCCGUGAGCCUGUUACUUCUAUAAUGUCUGCAUAUCGCCUUCUUACUCCAUCUGUCAAGGUUCAGUUGAUUAUAUACUUCAUGCUGAAAUACGCGAUGGAGAUCUUACUUGCUGAAUCAAGCGUCAUCACUUCAUACUACUUUAUAUGGUCAACAAACAAAGUUGCCAUGUUUCUUGCUUGUCUUGGGUUGACUGUUCUUCCAGUCAGCAUCUUUGUCGGGAGCUACAUCAGCAAUGUAUUUGAAGAAAGACAAGUGUUGUUGGCUUCGGAGAUAAUGGUGUGUUUGGGUAUUGUUUUAAGCUUUCAAGUGAUCAUCCCUUACUCCACAACCCAAUAUAUCCUCUCGGCUAUCCUCACAUUCGUGUCUGCUGAAGUUCUCGAAGGUGUGAACUUGUCGUUACUAUCUCGGGUGAUGUCAUCACGUCUAUCUCGUGGGACCUACAACGGGGGGCUGCUAUCAACAGAAGCGGGGACACUAGCGCGAGUGGUUGCAGAUGGGACAAUUACAGUAGCAGGGUAUUGGGGUAUGAGUAAACUUUUGAAUAUCACUCUACUCCCUUCCCUUGUCAUUUGCAUCUCCACCAUAAUUGCCACCUUGUCAAUUUACAACUCUCUUUAUUAACCCAUCAACCUUUAUACUAUGCGAGUGGCGGGUCAUAUAUAACAACCUUUCAAUUUUCAAUCAUGUCCUUUUUCUUGUAAAUACUAAGAUCUCAACUCUUGUUAACAAAAAUAAACCAUGUAUGUAAUAUGUAUAUAAAUAUAUAUGAUCUGUUGCCUUUUGACUCUUGAGUGCUAUGCGAAUAUUGGCCCUAGUUUGAAUAUAUGUAAUGUAAACUAAACAUAUAUGUAACUAUAUUAUUAUAACUUUUUGUUUCCAUU